GGAACUUUUUGUUCAGCCUAUUCGACCUUCUGUUUCAGCAGCAAAGCGAAAGGUCGGCACAAUCUCGCCAUGGCGAACUCCUCCUCGAUCCUGCAGCAGUUGGGAUGCGUCCGGUCGCUCUUCACGACGACGACGUCCCGGUCCACCACGCUGCAGACACCCAUGGUCGGCCGCCGCAUGCUCAGCACAGUCUACUCCGCCAAACCGGACCCAAUCCCUUUCCCCAAAGGCUUGCCCGACCAAUUCUACUCGCAAAUACCGAAACGCAUGCGCCCUGAUCUUGCCCCAAAGAAACUCAAGAUCGUCCCCCCACCACCCGCACCGCAAUGCAAGGACGCCGUGGCAGCCGUGACCCAGGCGCAGCUGAAGACGCUGGACCCAAGCGGCAAGCGGAUGCGGCUCUUCGACUACCGGCGGUACGCGCGCAGCGUCAAGCCGGGCGACAUCAUCCGCGUGACGUUCAAGAACGGCGACCCGUUCGCGGGGCUGGUGCUGAGCAUCAAGCUGCGCGGCGCGGACACCUCGGUGCUGCUCCGCAACCAGCUCACGCGCGUCGGCGUCGAGAUGUCCGUGAAGGUGUUCAGUCCCAACGUUGAGAGCGUGGAGAUCGUCCAGCGUUCUGAGAAGCGGAAGCGUCGUGCUAGGUUGUAUUAUAUGAGACAGCCUAGACAUGAUAUGGGUAGCGUGGAGAACUUGGUCACCAACUAUCUCAGACAGAAGAGAGCGCUUGCUGGAAAGAAGGAUCGCGGUAACAAGAAGCGGUGAUCGGACUUGGGUUUUUCGGGGCGAUUGUAUUUUUAUGUUAACUAGCAUUUGUAUAUUGGAUCUUAGGUCCGGGUGUUCAUUUCUGUCUUACUUUCUCUCUCACUUUACGGAAUGCAGUCAAAUCGAAAAGAUCUGGGAUUGCGUCUUUGGAUGUCUUGUCUUGGUACGGCGGCUCGAAGUGGGCUCUUACCUAUUGACCUCUGUAACAAUACUCAAAGCCAGGCUAAUACGGGA